AUGUUAUCAAAAUAGCAAUAAUAAUUGUAAGAGAUAGUAUCCUAAAGCGUGUUGAAGACAUAAACAACCAAGGUAUCUUAGAAAUUAAGUUAAUCAUUUAAUCCAAAUGGAUUGAUAGGCUAAUCUUUAAGUCCAACUCAAAAAACAAAUUAAAGCAUGGGAUUAAAAAAAGGGAAUAAUUUAUAAUAGUACCAAUAAGAAUUGCUUAAAUUAAUGGCAAACCAUAAGCAAUUAUAAUCUGGUACUAAAAAAGCAAAUCUGUCUGAUAUGAUGACAUAAUAAAAUGGAUCUAAACGAAUAUCAUCAGGUGCGAGUUAACCUUAAAAAUCAUAAGACUCAAACAAAACUAGUUUUGUAAAUUCAGCCCAUUAGAUUAUAAUAAUUGUUAAUCAUGAAAAUUAACAAAUUAGAUUUACAAUUGACCCUCUAAAAUCAACAGGAUGGUUGGAGGAAUAUUUGAAAUAAGAAGUAAAAAAGCAUUCUAUUCAUCAAUAUUCAUCAACAGGAUCUUAACCAGAUGAAAGAAAAGUAACUUGCGGAACGGGAAAUGAGUAAUCAGAUUUGGAAAUAGUGUCUUUUCAUACAGUUGAUAAAAACUUGCCAAUAGAUUAACCAAAUAAAAGUUUAGAAAUUUUAAAUGGAUAAACACUAAAUCUAUAACCAUUUUAUGGAACACCUUAAUAAAGUAAAAUCACACUUAAAGAUUUUAUAUUUGUAAAAUGCAUAGGAGUUGGAGGAUUUUCAAGGGUUUAUAUGGUGAAGAAAAAAUCAAAUGGAAGAUUUUAUGCAAUGAAAUUAAUAGAUAAGGAAUUCAUUCUCCAAUAUAAAAAAUAAGGGAUUGUGCAAAACGAAAGAGACAUAAUGACAGUGCUUGAUCAUCCUUUUAUAAUUAAAUUAGAGUAUGCAUUUGAAUCUAAAAACUUUAUUGUUUUUGUAUUAGAAUUUUGCAGCGGUGGUGAACUAUUUUGGUAAUUAAGAUAAGUGAAAAGAAUGACAGAAGAAUAAGCUCGCUUUUAUUUUGCAGAAAUUUGUUUGGCUAUGUUCUAUUUACAUUCAUUAUCAGUUGUUUAUAGGGAUAUUAAACCAGAGAAUAUUUUAAUCGAUAUUGAUGGCCAUAUCAGAAUAGCCGAUUUUGGUUUAUCUAAGCCAAAUAUGACUGAAGAAGAUUAUGCUUAUAGUUUUUGUGGGUCUCCAGAAUAUAUGGCUCCUGAAAUGUUAUUGAAAGUAGGACAUAAUGUUUAAGUUGAUCACUACUGUAUGGGAGCAUUGCUUUUUGAAUUAGUAACCGGGUUACCUCCUUAUUAUUCAAGAGAUACUGAUGAAAUAUAUGAAUCUAUCCUGAAUGAAGAAUUAACUUUUCCAGAUAAGUUAAAUUUAUCACCAGCUAUUAAAGAUUUGCUUUAAGGAUUAUUAUGCAAAUAACCAUCUGAAAGAUUAGGGUCAAAUAAAGGAUUGACUGAAUUAUUGACCCAUGCUUGGUUUAAAGAUGUUGAUUUAGUGGCAAUCUUACAGAAAUAGGUUCCUCCUCCAUUCAAACCUAAUCAACUAAAAUUUAAUUAUGACUCGAAUGAUUUAAUGAAAGGUGAGUUAGAAACGAGAGAGAAGCUUUUGGGAAAAGCCGGUCUAUCAUAAGAAAUAAGAAUUUUUAAGGCAUUUUACUUUGAUGCGUAAGAAUAGAAAUAAAUGAAAACUGAAUAGGCCAAAAUUUUAUAAUAGCACUUUAUGAUGGUUACUUAAUAAUAACUAGCUUUAAAUUAAAAGUUUAAACCUCAAAGAAAAAGCACUGAACAAAAAGAGUAUUAAUCAAAACCUGCUUCUCCACAAACCAGGAAUCAAAAAUAGCAAAAAUUUACUCCAGAACAGUUUUAAUCUCUUUAGAAACGAAUAAAAUCUUAAUAAUCCUCUAUGAGCAAUGUAUAAUAGAUUAGUACUAUUUAAAGCCCUGCUUAAUCUAAGUUGUAAGGUUUGAAAAGAAUUAUUUCCUAAAAUAAUUUCUUUGCAGACAGAUAAAAUACAUUGCCUGCUGGAUAAAAAGAAGCGAAUAUUGAUUAUCAAUAAUUGUUGUCAAAUGUAUCAACAGAGCAAAUGUUACAUAAACGAGUAUCUUCCUUAAAAUAAAGAAAAAAAUGA